UAUAGGUAUCUCGGCAAUGCUUAUUUCUCCCUCUGUGAAUUCCAACGAGCAAUAGAGUACCACAAGAAAAGCCUGAGUAUUUCCCAGGAAAUCGGUAACAGGGAUGGAGAAGGACGUGCCUAUAAUAAUCUCAGCUGUACUUAUCACUCCCUCAGCGAAUUCCAACGAGCAAUAGAGUACCAGAAGAAAAGCCUGAGGAUUGCCAAGGAAAUCGGUGACAGGAAAAGAGAAGGAUGUGCCUAUGGCAAUCUUGGCAAUGCUUAUGACUCCCUCAGCGAAUUCCAGCGAGCAAAAAAAUACCACAAACAACACCUCAGCAUUGCCAAGGAAGUUGGUAACAAAACAUGUGAAAUAAAAGCCUAUGGUAGUCUCGGCUGUACUUAUCACUCCCUCAGCGAAUUCCAACGAGCAAUAGAGUACCAGAAGAAAAGCCUGAGGAUUGCCAAGGAAAUCGGUGACAGGAAAGGAGAAGGAUGUGCCUAUGGCAAUCUUGGCAAUGCUUAUGACUCCCUCAGCGAAUUCCAGCGAGCAAAAAAAUACCACAAACAACACCUCAGCAUUGCCAAGGAAGUUGGUAACAAAACAUGUGAAAUAAAAGCCUAUGGUAGUCUCGGCUGUACUUAUCACUCCCUCAGCGAAUUCCAACGAGCAAUAGAGUACCAGAAGAAAAGCCUGAGGAUUGCCAAGGAAAUCGGUGACAGGAAAGGAGAAGGAGGUGCCUAUGGCCAUCUUGGCAAUGUUUAUCAAUCCCUCAGCGAAUUCCAGCGAGCAAAAAAAUACCACAAACAACACCUCAGCAUUGCCAAGGAAGUUGGUAGCAAAAGAUGUGAAGGAGCUGCCUAUGGCAAUCUCGGCUGUGCUUAUGACUCCCUCAGCGAAUUCCAACGAGCAAUAGAGUACCACAAGAAAAGCCUGAGGAUUGCCAAGGAAAUCGGUGACAGGAAAGUAGAAGGAGGUGUCUAUGCUAAUCUCGGCGUUGUUUAUCGAUCCCUCAGCGAAUUCCAAGAAGCAAUAGAGUACCACGAGCAAGCGCUGAGCAUUGCCCAGGAAAUCGGUAACAGGAAAGGAGAAGGAAGGGCCUAUGGUAAUCUCGGCUGUGCUUAUGAAUCCCUCAGCGAAUUCCAACAAGCAAUAGAGUACCACAAGAAAAGCCUGAGUAUUGCCCAGGAAAUCGGUGACAGGGAUGGAGAAGGACGUGCCUAUAAUAAUCUCAGCUGUACUUAUCACUCCCUCAGCGAAUUCCAACGAGCAAUAGAGUACCAGAAGAAAAGCCUGAGGAUUGCCAAGGAAAUCGGUGACAGGAAAAGAGAAGGAUGUGCCUAUGGCAAUCUUGGCAAUGCUUAUGACUCCCUCAGCGAAUUCCAGCGAGCAAAAAAAUACCACAAACAACACCUCAGCAUUGCCAAGGAAGUUGGUAACAAAACAUGUGAAAUAAAAGCCUAUGGUAGUCUCGGCUGUACUUAUCACUCCCUCAGCGAAUUCCAACGAGCAAUAGAGUACCAGAAGAAAAGCCUGAGGAUUGCCAAGGAAAUCGGUGACAGGAAAAGAGAAGGAUGUGCCUAUGGCAAUCUUGGCAAUGCUUAUGACUCCCUCAGCGAAUUCCAGCGAGCAAAAAAAUACCACAAACAACACCUCAGCAUUGCCAAGGAAGUUGGUAACAAAACAUGUGAAAUAAAAGCCUAUGGUAGUCUCGGCUGUACUUAUCACUCCCUCAGCGAAUUCCAACGAGCAAUAGAGUACCAGAAGAAAAGCCUGAGGAUUGCCAAGGAAAUCGGUGACAGGAAAGGAGAAGGAGGUGCCUAUGGCCAUCUUGGCAAUGUUUAUCAAUCCCUCAGCGAAUUCCAGCGAGCAAAAAAAUACCACAAACAACACCUCAGCAUUGCCAAGGAAGUUGGUAGCAAAAGAUGUGAAGGAGCUGCCUAUGGCAAUCUCGGCUGUGCUUAUUACUCCCUCAGCGAAUUCCAACGAGCAAUAGAGUACCACAAGAAAAGCCUGAGGAUUGCCAAGGAAAUCGGUGACAGGAAAGUAGAAGGAGGUGUCUAUGCUAAUCUCGGCAAUGUUUAUCGAUCCCUCAGCGAAUUCCAAGAAGCAAUAGAGUACCACGAGCAAGCGCUGAGCAUUGCCCAGGAAAUCGGUAACAGGAAAGGAGAAGGAAGGGCCUAUGGUAAUCUCGGCUGUGCUUAUGAAUCCCUCAGCGAAUUCCAACAAGCAAUAGAGUACCACAAGAAAUGCCUAAGUAUUGCCCAGGAAAUCGGUGACAGGGAAGUAGAAGGAGGUGCCUAUGCUAAUCUCGGCGGUGCUUAUCAAUCCCUCAGCGAAUUCCAACAAGCAAUAGAGUACCAAAAGAAAAGCCUGAGUAUUGCCCAGGAAAUCGGUAACAGGGAUCUAGAAAUAUGUGCCUAUAAUAAUCUCGGCGUUGCUUAUCAAUCCCUCAGCGAAUUCCAACAAGCAAUAGAGUACCAUAAGAAAAGCCUGAGUAUUGCCCAGGAAAUCGGUAACAGGGAUGGAGAAGGACGUGCCUAUUGUAAUCUCGGCGGUGCUUAUCAAUCCCUCAGGGAAUUCCAACGAGCAAUAGAGUACCACAAGAAAAGCCUGACUAUUGCCCAGGAAAUCGGUAACAGGGAAGGAGAAGGAGGUGCCUAUGGUAAUCUCGGCAAUGCUUAUAUAUCCCUCAGCGACUUCCCACAGGCAAUGGAGUACCACAAGAAACACCUGACCAUUGCCAAUAAAGUCGGUGACAGAGUAGGAGAAGGAAUUGCCUAUAGUAGUCUCGGCGAGAUUUAUAGUUCCCUCGGCGACCAUCAACGAGCAAUAGGGUGCUACAAGCAACACCUGAGUACUGCCAAGAAAUUCGGUGACAGGAGAGGAGAAGGAGUUGCCUAUUGCCAUCUUGGCGAUGCUUAUUAUCUCCUCGAAGACUAUCUAGAGGCACUAGAGUACUUUAACGAACACCUGAGAAUUGCCGAGGAAAUCGGUGACAGGAACGGAGAAGGAUGCGCCCAUAGCCACCUGGGUCGAUCUCUUACACAAUUAGGUUUUUUGAAUGAGGCUUUACAUCAUUUUAGAUGCAGUGUAGAAAUCUUUGACACAAUUAGAGCCAGUUUUAUUUCCGAAGAUAGAUCGAAAAUAAGUUUCUAUACGAGCAAACAAUCUGCCUAUACUCAUUUAUGGCAGGUUUUACUACUUCUUGAAAGGAAUGAUGAGGCUUUAUACGCUGCUGAGAUGGGACGGGCACAGGCUUUGCUCGAUGCCUUAAAAGUAACUUAUGGCCUUACAUCAUCUUCUCCCAGGUCAAUUGAAUCUGAAGAAUACGUCAGAAAUAUUGCAAGGAAGGCAACUGUUUUAACAGUUUUUCUUGCCCUGGGAUGGAAAACAGUCAAUAUCUGGGUGUUGGGAAAAGAGGGCAACCCCAUUUUUAGGCAAGUGGAGAUAGAAAUUGGUCGUGAACACGAAGAUUCCUUUACUCUCCUCUUAGACACUGUUUUGAAAGGAUGGAACGUUAAAAGAGGAAAAGAGGGCAACCCUACUUUUAGGCAAGCGGAGAUAGAAAUUGGACGUGAACACGAACAUUUCUUUACUCUCCUUUUAGACACUGUUUUGAAAAACAUUAGGGCUGACGUCGGUAUUAGGUGCGAAAAUCGGUCACUGGAUAAGCUGCGUGAUGACUCAACUUCCUCAAGUACUCCAGACGACAAUCAAACAUCGGAGUCAUCACAGGAGAGCACCGGCCUUUUACAGCCAUUGUAUGAUGCAGUUCUUGGUCCCAUUGAAGAUUUGCUUGAUGGUGAUGAACUAAUUGUAGUUCCUGAUGGCGCUUUGUCUAAAGCUCCUUGGGCAGCCCUGAAUGAAACUUUAAGGAUCCGCACUGUUCCCUCACUAACAAGUUUGAAAGUCAUCACAGAUUCUCCAAUUGAAUACCACAGUAAAAGUGGAGCCUUACUUGUCGGGGAUCCAUGUUUGGAGAAAGUUACAGAUAAAAACGGGAAGCCUACUAAGUAUAGUCCUCUGAAGUACGCAAGAAUGGAAGUGGAGAUGAUUGGAAGAAUUCUAGGGAGUCAACCUUUAACAGGUGAAGAUGCAACCAAAAAAGCAGUACUUCAGAGAAUCGGGUCAGUUGCUUUAGUACACAUCGCAGCCCACGGAAAAAAGGAAACUGGAGAAAUUUUUUUGGCUCCAGAUCCCCGAUGGGAAUCCAAGCCUCCUACGGAGGAGGACUGCAUUAUGAAAAUGUCUGACAUACAAGCUGUUAGGCUGAGAGCGAGGCUGGUUGUGCUCAGUUGCUGCUACAGUGGUCAAGGAGAGGUCUCAUCUGAGGGUGUGGUCGGUAUGGCACGUGCUCUCUUGUUUGCUGGUGCUCGUUCCGUGCUGGCGACACUCUGGGCAGUUGAUGACGAAUCCACAAUGAUGUUUAUGGAGUCUUUCUACCAACAACUUGGAAGAGGAGAAAGUGCAAGUGUUGCUCUUCAAAGGGCCAUGAAAUGUCUUCGAGACUCCCAGAAUUAUUCUGCUCCAAAGUACUGGGCUCCUUUUGUUCUGAUGGGCGAUGACGUUAAGAUUGAUUGGAAAGAGAGUCAUUGA